AUGAUGAAACUUGCCUUUCAGGGCCUCAAAACUGGUAUGUACUAUCUACGAACUCGUCCUGCAGCCGAUCCAAUCCAGUUCACUAUUGAUAAGGGUCGAGUCAGUAUGGCCCAAGGUCGUAGUCUUGACGAUCGAAGUCGUUCCGAUGAUCAAUUAAAUGAUGGAUUACAUAAACUAUCAAUUCUGUCAGACCGUUGUGACGAAAAGAUCGAUAAGUCAUCAUAUACAGCUUCUCAUUCUGUGAAUGCUACUGAAGAGGGACAAGAGCAUCAGCUCAUCAUGGCUGAAAUUCGCAAACGCAAUAUUGAGGCAAUGGUUUGUAGUCUAAAUGAUCCGGAAGCGUGUGCUAGUUGCUCAGGCUGA